CGCAGCGAGGACAUCCUCUUCUGCGUCGACGUCGACGUAGAAUCCAAGGUGGAGAUGAAGGCCCAUGGGCCCAACGGCCGGCCAACCACCCGCUUGUACGCCAUCAAGCAGGCCGUGCUCUCCUUCGUCAAUUCCAAGCUCAACAUCAACCCCGACCAUCGGUUUUCCUUUGCUUCUUUCGGCAGCGAGCUCAGAUGGGUUCGAAGGGAGUUCAGCAAUCAAAUCCCCUCUGCUGUUGCGGAAGUUCAGGCACUCACUGCAGCAGACUCGUCCUAUGGGAAAGCAGAUCUUACUCUACUUUUCAAAAUGGCAGCAUAUGAAGCAAAGAAAUCUCAGCAACAAGGUCGGAUUUUUAGAGUGAUACUGAUCUACUGUAGAUCAUCAACUCCGCCCGAGCACAGAUGGCCGGUGAACGAGAAGAACUUCACUCUGGACGUUGUCUAUCUCCAUGACAAGCCCAGCACUGAGAACUGCCCACAGAGGGUCUAUGACCGUCUCGUCGAUGCCCUGGAGCACGUGACGCAGCACGAGGGCUACAUUUUGGAGAGUGGGCAAGGGCUCAGUCGAGUUGUCAUCCGCCACCUUAGCAUGCUUCUCUGCCACCCGGACCAGCGUUGCAUCCAAGAUGACCUUGACAUUCCUAAGUCCCUCAUGAGGAGGACGGUGGUCCAAGCUGAAAGUGUUGGUACUGAAGAGAGCACAGUUUCCACCUCCUAAUGGGAAGAAAAUUACGUAGAUGUCUAUUGGUUUGUUGUUGUUAACAAAAUUGUUGUCAAGUAAAUUUGUUCGGUAAAUUUGAACACUUCCCCUGGAUUUCUUCACACCUAUAGUUUAUUUCUGACUUUUUACUUGAUCGGAGGACUUUUUACUUGAUCGGUUGAUAGAGUGUUCUUUUUGCUCUUAUCCACUUUUGGUCCUUUUUGUGGAGGACACGUUAUUCUUA